UCCCCUCUCCCCCACAAGCCAAUUUGCGCCUGCGCGGUGUCCCACGUGACAGUGAGGCUCCGCCCCCGCCUUCGGCCUCCCGCCUGCUGCGAGAGCGGCCUCAGCUUGCGGCAGCACCAGCUGACUACAGUGGUCAGGGCUGCUGUGGCUGUCAGGAUGGCAGAGGAGCAGGACUUUUUCCAGCUGUGCAAGCUGCCAACACAGCCCUCCCACUCACACUAUGUCAGCAACACCUAUCGAAGCACACAGCACUCCCAGGCCCUGCUCCGGGGCCUGCUUGCUUUGAGAGACAGUGGGAUCCUCUUUGAUGUUGUCCUGGUGGUAGAGGGGAGACACAUUGAGGCUCAUCGAAUUCUGCUGGCUGCAUCAUGUGAUUAUUUCAGAGGAAUGUUUGCUGGGGGAUUGAAGGAGAUGGAGCAGGAGGAGGUCCUGAUCCAUGGUGUGUCUUACAAUGCCAUGUGCCAAAUCCUGCAUUUCAUAUACACGUCUGAACUAGAGCUCAGCCUGAGCAAUGUGCAGGAGACCCUGGUUGCUGCCUGCCAACUUCAGAUCCCAGAAAUUAUCCACUUCUGCUGUGACUUCCUCAUGUCCUGGGUGGAUGAGGAGAACAUCCUUGAUGUCUACCGGCUGGCAGAGGUCUUUGACCUGAACCGACUGACCCAACAGCUGGAUACCUACAUCCUCAAAAACUUUGUGGCCUUCUCGAGAACUGACAAGUACCGCCAGCUUCCCUUGGAAAAGGUCUACUCUCUCCUCAGCAGCAAUCGCCUGGAGGUUUCCUGUGAGACUGAAGUGUAUGAAGGGGCCCUGCUCUACUAUUACUCCCUGGAGCAGGUGCAGGCUGACCAGAUCUCACUGAAUGAGCCUCCCAAGCUCCUAGAGACUGUACGUUUUCCCUUGAUGGAAGUUGAUGUCCUUCAGCAGCUGCAUGACAAGCUUGAUCCUAGCCCACUGAGGGACACCGUGGCCAGUGCCCUUAUGUAUCACCAGAAUGAGAGCCUGCAGCCCAGCCUUCAGGGCCCACAGACAGAGCUUCGCUCAGACUUCCAGUGUGUUGUGGGCUUUGGAGGCAUUCACUCCACACCAUCUACAAUCCUCAGUGACCAGGCCAAGUAUCUGAAUCCCCUAUUGGGAGAGUGGAAACACUUCACUGCCUCUCUGGCUCCCCGAAUGUCCAACCAGGGCAUUGCGGUGCUCAACAACUUCGUGUACUUGAUUGGAGGGGACAAUAAUGUCCAAGGCUUCCGAGCUGAGUCCCGAUGCUGGAGGUAUGACCCGAGGCACAAUCGCUGGUUCCAGAUCCAGUCCUUGCAGCAGGAACAUGCAGAUCUGUGUGUGUGUGUCGUGGGCAAGUACAUCUAUGCUGUGGCAGGCCGUGACUACCACAAUGACCUGAGUGCUGUGGAACGCUAUGAUCCUGCCACCAACUCCUGGGAUUAUGUGGCCCCACUCAAGAAGGAGGUAUAUGCCCAUGCAGGCACCACACUGCAGGGGAAGAUGUACAUUACCUGUGGUCGCAGAGGAGAGGACUACCUGAAAGAGACGCACUGCUACGACCCAGAAAGCAACACAUGGCAUACUCUGGCUGACGGGCCUGUGCGACGUGCCUGGCAUGGCAUGGCUGCUCUCCUCGACAAGCUGUUUGUGAUUGGAGGCAGCAACAAUGAUGCUGGCUACAGGAGGGAUGUGCACCAGGUGGCUUGCUACAGCUGCACAUCUCGGCAGUGGUCAAUGGUCUGCCCACUCCCAGCUGGGCAUGGCGAACCUGGUAUUGCUGUUCUAGACAACAGGAUAUAUGUGCUGGGUGGCCGUUCUCACAACCGAGGCAGCCGCAUGGGCUACGUGCACAUCUACGACAUAGAGAAAGACUGCUGGGAAGAGGGGCCUCAGCUGAACAAUUCCAUCUCAGGCCUUGCAGCCUGUGUGCUCACCCUACCCCGCUCCCUGCUCUGUGAGCCACCCCGAGGGACCCCCAACCGUAGCCAGGCAGAUGCAGAUGUUGCCUCUGAAGUGAUGAGCGUGUCGGACUGGGAGGAGUUUGACAACUCUAGUGAGGACUAGGGAUCUCAUGCCUAGUGUUUAGGAGUGGGUAACUGGGACAGUGAAAGCCAUAGGGCCUGGGUCCUGGUUCACCAGCUGCCCUUUUUCACUCUGUUUCUUCAGCCAGCCUGCUGCCAGCAUUUUCAAACUCUAUGGCUAUGAGUUAUAUUACAAGGAAAAGCUCUCCAGAAAGGCUGCUAUCAUCUGAGGGAGUGACCAGGCCCAUCCUCUGUGAACUUUGAAGGGCUGGUAUCUCUAUUUGGCCUCUUCUUCCUCUUAGUCUGGUCUCUGAUGGGUUAAGUAAGGUCCCUCCUGCAAGAGGUCCUGGGGGCUAGCAGUCCUAGCCGUGGCCAAAGUUCAUGAGUUCCUUCUUCCUGUGACCCACAUGGUCUGGUGAGCAGCUCCAGCUGCCUGCAGCCAGGGCCUUGAGCAGCUGGCGAGCUCUCAAGGGACAGGGGAAACUAUAUACCUGGAACUGGUCCCAGAGAUGAUGAGAUACCCCCAUAGCUGUGUGUUUCUAAUCCAAUUUUGUUGAAAAUGAAAUAAAACAUUAUAUAAAAGGU